AUGAGUUGGAAGCACCCUCAGAAGGGCGUUAUUGAUCUUAAUGUUGAUGAAAGUGUUUUGGAGGGGUCUCCUCGUGGGGGCUUUGGAGGGAUCUACAGAGAUCAUAGGGGUUUAUUCCCGAGGGGCUUAUGUGGAAAUGUCGGGAGCUCAAAUAUGGUUUUUGUGGAAUUGGUAGCCUUGUGGAGAAGACUAUGGUUGUGUUGGGAUGAGGGGUAUAAAGAGUUAAUUUGCUAUACGGAUUUAAGUUUAGUGGUGCAAUUGGUCCUAGGGGUGUUGGAUUAUCACCAUGCUUACAACAAUGAGAUCAUGCAAACGAAGGAGCUUCUUGGGUGA